UUCCAUCUCGUCGCGAGUGUUGUUUGUAUUCGUGCCGCUACUCGCGAGUGGGCGAACUUUGCAUGCAUGCGAGAAAAGAAGGUGCAAUUUUCUCACCGACCGUCGAAUUUCCUCUCCCGGUUUUUCUCGAUCGUUGGCUAGAUUUUCCAAUUUCCCAUUCAUCGCUCAGUCGCUUCGCGUUGUCAAGUCAGUUCACUUUGCUUUUUCACGCGCUCUUCACGUCUUCACUUUUACUUCAAUCGGUCGUCUCGCUGUUUGACAGCCAAAAGCAUCACAAUCAAGAAUAAGGACAAAAGUUUUAGUUUUUGCUUUCGGUUUGAGACGUUUUUCCAGCGGAUCGCCUUUCUCUUCCUCCGGUUGAGAAAAUAUCUGGUGCUUAGAGUGCAAUGUGAAAAGGGAUUAAAAAUUCACAAAUUGGAAGGAUUCUGUUGCUGUUUUUCUGAGUAAAUAUGGUGGGAAGUGAAUUUGUGCAUCCUUGUUUUUCCUCAGUGGAGGAAAAAUUCUCUUUUUGACCGAAGAAAACUGCGAAUUUGUUAGCGUCAAAGUGUCGAAGCAAAUGUGGGAAGCUAAAUAGUUCUCGGAAAAGUGGAAAACUUGCGUGUGCCAUCAACAUUAUGCGAUUCAUUCGCUGCAAGAGCAAAGAAGAAAGAGGCUGCAGAGCGUCGUCAUUGUAGACUGGCCACAAAACUGGCUGGUUCUCCCAUCCCGCAAGCCCGUCUCGGCAACAAACACGACACAAAAACCCCGAGAAAUCCGGACCUAUUUAUAGCAACGCAUCUUCGUUUUGUGCCGAGCGCUUCUCCUCAAAGUCAGAAGAAACUCCAAAGGAAAACGCACCGCAAUUUCGGUGGGGGUAUAAAGAAGAACAGUUUUAUCACCUUCUUACACUUCCCUGCCGCCGGGGGGAUUAGAAGCACUACCAUACAGGAACACAAAGGAAGCCGCCGCCGCCGUGACGUCAUAUUACAACACAACAACAGCGGGGCAAGUUCCCGUCUCGGGGCACACAAUAAUGUGGCCUACAUGGUGUAAAUUGUUAUGAAAAGGCAUACCACGGGUCGUCGCAAUCGUUGUCGUCGACAUUUGGUUUCGCGGAAUCGGAUAAUGAUUUGCCGCGGUCGUGAGUUCCGGUUCGUGCGGUGCGUUCUUCUGAUGUGACACUAGAAUGUGAACAUGAUGGAUGUUUUACCGAAGAAAAAGUGACUCGCAUAAAAUAUCACACGUUUUGGUCGAAUGUAAGCCGGGCGCUUACAUGCAUACUUUCGCGUUGAAUAUCUAGUCUAGACAGUGCCGUGGAGAAAAGUGCAAUAUUGCAACGAAGCUCUAGUCAUCAAUGUCGUCGUCAGUUUUGCGACGACGACGACAACUACCACCUACAACAACUAGGAGAGAAAAUAUGUUUUUACGAAAAUGUUUGUUUUAGUUCGUAAGAGCUGAGUCUGAGAGAAGUUGUGCAAAAAUCUCACUCGCUGUGAAGGGAUAUAGUGUGUGUAGUGUUUCCUCUGCUGGGUUGUAUGUGCGAAGGAAAGUCAUUUGCCAUAGUGCCAUAAAUAAUAGAGAGUUGCAGAAUUUGUAUUACAAUUCUCCUUGAAGGAGACACUUCGCGCAAGGAAAAGUUUCGUGUCACACAAAGAAAGUGGAUUGCCUGGAAGCAAAGAGAGUGCAGCAGCCAACGAAACAAGAAAACUCGAGUUCACAACUGUGAAGAAGAUUUUCUAUAUUUUCCAAUCCUGAUGCUCCACACACCGCCUUCGUGGAAUCGUCAGCAGUGAAAUAAUUUAUGUUCAGUGCCAGCAGUAGCAGCAUUCACACCACGCGUAGUUUUGUGCUGUUGAUGGCCGAAGCAUGCCAAACACAAACGAAAAUACACAUUCCGGCUCCUCCGGCGAUGAUCUCGGCAGCACCGAUGAGGUGAAAGUAUUCAAAGACGAAGGCGACCGUGAAGAUGAGAAAGCUUCGUCGGAAAAUCUACUCGAGGAGAAGUUUAACCUGAUCGAUUUGACGGAAAGUGCGGAAAAUCUGGUGAAGAAUUCUUCGCGACAAGAUCUAAGCCCGCCGUACGCCGGUGGUGCCAGCGGUGGAAGCAGUGCUGGAAAGCUCAACUCACCUGAUCAUUCACCUGGCUUCAACAUGGGCUAUCUACCGCCUUAUCAAUAUUCCAGCGGAACGGCCAGUGCAAUACAGGGCUCCAUGAGUAAAAUAGGUCUAUCGCAGUUCUUCUGCAACGACGACCCACUCUCAAACCCACCGCCAGCACAUUGUGGAAUCAUUCCCUACCAAUUAGACUCAAAAGCGAUCGGACUCUCCGCCCGGCAGUCGCUCUAUUCCUUCUCCACUAGUCAGUACCCUUAUCCUAUACUAUCCUCCAAUAUGUUACCCGUCCCACCCUCUUGGCACACUCCAUCAAUGUACUCCACGGCGCCAAGUUUCCGAAAUACGUACCCAUCAUCUCUUCAAAUCUACACCACCUUAGCUAGUGACCUGUACUCACGCUACCAGUCCUCCUCCCUCCUCAACUCCGUACACUCCCACAAUGUGCUAAACCAAGUGAAACAGGAAAUUUCUCCCUCCCAAGAAAUCUCCCACAACUACAGCAUACGGCAAACAAACCACCAUGGGUCCCCAUCCAAAUCCAGCAACGACAUGCCCCAAGAACUUACCAACCGCUACGCACGUCAAUCGAUCAGUGGCAGCUCAUCCGGACCGGGAUCCACCUCCUCCUCCACCGGCGCCUCAAAAAAGAAGUGCUCCUCCAGCGACCGACAGCAACCGCAAAACACCAAACCACAUAUCAAAAAGCCACUGAACGCGUUCAUGCUCUACAUGAAGGAGAUGCGCGCCAAAGUGGUGGCCGAGUGCACCCUCAAGGAAUCGGCCGCCAUUAAUCAGAUCCUGGGCCGGAAGUGGCACUCGCUGACGCGGGAGGAACAGAGCGUCUACUACGACAAGGCCCGCCAGGAACGCCAGCUGCACAUGGAAAUGUACCCGGGCUGGACCGCACGGGACAAUUACGGAUACGGGGCGAAGAAAAAGCGGAAAGCGAAAAAGAAGGACCAACUGGGGACGGAAGCGGCGAGCAGGCGAAAGAAAAUUUGUAUACGAAAUGAAGAAUCCGACAACUACGACGGGACUCGUAUGUCGGACGAUUACAUGAGCAAUUACGGUACCGUAGUGUAAUAUUGGAACGCAGCUACACCCACAAACACAGCAACAAAUCCCACGCCUAUAAGACUUAAAUGCAACCGCGGUGACCGGGACAUUUUCGAGCAUUAUUUCGUCACCAGAUUCCGCUAGUGAAUCGGAAACCCAGAGAGUUUACUCAGUAAGACAAACCAAAAGAUCCGACUGUUCGGAUGACGGAUAAUGCAAUGUAUACCAAGUGAACACGCAAAUCUCAAAUCGUUAUUUUAAUUUUAGUUAAUUUAUUAAAUUGCGUCAACAAGAAAAUGAGCUAUUGAAUUUCUGUUGUAAGAAAUUAUUCUUCCCCGUUUGGAAGCAACUUUCCGUACUUAACCUAAUAAAUCGUAUCGUUUGGAUCCGUACUAUACCAAAACAGCGCUAUGUUCGUUUAUGCAAACAUGAAACGUCACUUGCGAUAGUGGCGCCUUCCCUUGAAUGUGGAAAGCUGCAAAUAAGAAGUAAAAAAAAAAACGUGACAAAAUACUUAGUAGAUAAAGCAAAAGAUAACAAUCUGUGGUGUUUUAAAAAAAUGUAAUUUAAUAUGCGAUAAAGGUGAA